AGUAACAGUGUUAUGUUUUGAUUUAAUGUAGUCACUAAUCGCUGUCAGUCACUUUACAAGUCAUUCCACAGAUUAGAGAGAACUUCAUUCUCUAUCUUCAGCAAUUUCAUUCAAUCCUUUUUGUCAGGUUGACUUCAUUGUUUUAUUAAACCAUGUGGGUUUUUAUUUCGAAUUUAAAAUUUUCGUAUUAAUUUUAAAAGCUGCACUUAUUUCAAAUUAUUUAAAGCCAUGGAUUAUGAGGUGGGAAGCGUAGCGGCAUUAAUUUCUGGGGAUGUGACCCCAAAUCGUCCAAAACUUGUGAGAAAAGCUUUAACUCCAAUAAAACAUCAGCCGUCGCCCAAUGUAACACCUAAAAGUGAGUUUGUGGAUGAUAGGUCUAUAUUUUUAUCUCCAAGUCUACAGAAAAAAAAAGCUAUUGUCAAAAAGUCGCCUAAAAGAAUAUUUCAGAAUCCUGAUUUAGAUGUAACUUUCGACAAUAUAAAUAAUUCUUCAGCGAUUAGCCCAAAGGCCGAUAAAGUUAAAAAACAUUUAGAGGAAGAUUUAAGUAAUGAAAAUUCACAAUUGACUAGUCCUAAGCUGCCUAGAAAUAAACGUCAAAGUAUAGCGCACAAUAACAGUAAUGAUGAUGAAGAACAAAAAAUUGGGAAAGCUAAAAAAAAAAAGAAUGCCCCCCAUUCGUCAUCAGAAAACAUCAGUGAAGUUCUAAAAGAUGUUCAAUUACGAGUAAAAAAUCCAAAAAAGAAGACAGACUUAUCUGGAUCUCUGGUAAACACGAGUGAAACCAAGAAUAAUAACUCCGAUUUAAUCACAAGCACAGAAAAUGUAAGUACUGAAAAGAAAAAAAAUAAGAAGAGAAAAUCUACUGAGCUUAUACAAAAUGAUAACCAAGAUAAAAAAAUAUCAAGUAAUAAGCAACAAAAUGUACAUGAACAUAUAGACGAUGUAAUGAUUCCUAAAAAGAAAAAGAAAACAUCAAAGAAAUCAAACUCUGAAAAUAAAACUGAAAUAGAUACUAAGCAAAGUCAUGACAUCAUUUCAAAAACAAAUGAAAGUCUAAAAGGUAAAUCUAAAAAAAAUAAUAAAAGUUUUGUUAAUCCUAAUGCAAUAACAGACAAAGAUUCUGAUUCAGAACAUGAUUCAGAUAAUGAAAUUGAAUCAGAAACAGAACAUGCCAACAAUGAAAUCCUAGAUACUGGCCCUGUAGAGAGCUCUGAUGAAGAAGAAUCUCCUGAAAAGUCCGUGACACCAAAGGUAGAACACGAGCCAGCAACCAGAGAUGAGAUAAAAAGGACAUUGUUUGUAGGCAAUGUACCCUUUAGUAAUAAAUGUAAAAAAGAAGUUAAGAAGAUUUUCAGCAAGUAUGGAGCAAUUGAAACUAUUAGAAUCCGCACUGUACCUGUGAAAGAUGCCCGGGUUACUCCAAAACUGGCUGUUAUAAAAAAUGAAUUACAUCCAGAAAGGUCCACUGUUAAUGUUUAUAUUAAGUUUAAGGAACCAUCAUCUGUUGAAGAGGCAUUAAUAGAGAACAAUACUGUAUUAAAUGAUCACCACCUCAGGGUAUCAAGAAGUGAUUCAACAGGGGCCGAACAUGAUCCUCGCCUUUCUGUUUUUGUGGGAAACCUACCCUUUGCACUGGAAGAUGAAGGCUUGAGGGAAAAGUUUAACAAAUGUGGCGAAAUUGUCUCUGUGAGAAUUAUAAGAGACAAGAAGACUAAUGCUGGAAAAGGUUUUGGCUAUGUAAACUUUGCUUCAAAGGAUGGAGUGGAAUUGGCUUUAGCUUUAACAGAUGAGGACUUGACUAUUAAAAAUAGAAUAUUACGUGUCAAACGGUGUACACAAGUUGGACCUAAAAAUAAUAAUCAGAAGAAAAGUUUUAAAGGAAAACAGUUCAAUCAAGGUGGAAGGUAUAAACAAAAUGAUCAAGGGAGAAAUUUUUCACAAAAUAAUCAAGGAAAAAAUAUAACAGGGAAUAAUCAAGGCAGAAAAUUUUCAGACCAAAAGCAAAGCAGGAAUUUCUCAGAUCAAGGAAGAAAUUUUUCAAAUAAUCAAGGUGAAAAUUUCCAAGGAAAGAAUCCGUUUGGUAGAAAACCAAAUUUCAGUCAAAGACAAAAUCAAUAUGGUGAUAAUGUGAAUGAUGGUGCACAGAGAAGAAUUAUGAAUAAAAGGAAAAAUCAGGAUGGUGGAGAAGGUUUAUCAAAUAACAGGCUAAACACAAACGGGCCCCCCAGAGAGAAGAAAGUGAGAAGGGAUUUUGUUGGUAUGACUUCUGAGAAGAAAAAGAAACAUACUUUCAACAAAGGAGAUAAGAAGAAAAAGGUUUUAAGUGAAAUCUUAGCCAAUAAAUAAUGUUGUGCGUGUCGUGUGAAUUAUUUAAUAUUUUAAUGUUUAAAUUUAUCUUUAAUGAAUAAAUACAAUUAAUACGAA